AUGGAGCUCAUGACUAACCAGCUGAUGGAGGUAAACAUAGAGGGAGUUAGGUGCUCGCAGCUAACAAGUCAGUUAAAGAAAAGAUUACCAUGCCUUGAGAGGCUCCGGAUAAUCAACCCUCAGAAUGAGGCUGAGACAUCAUCAUCAUCAACUGACAUCAACGACAUAUUCGUAGACAAAACGGAUCUGCAAUUGCUUGAUUUGUCUGGCAACAAAGAGAUGAAAAAUCUGCCAACAAGCAUAUCCAAUGCAGGCCAACUUAAGGUUCUUAUUCUUGACGGUUGUGACGCGCUGGAGGAUGUUGUUGUGCCUAAUAGGCUUCCAUCAUCGCUAAGGUCAUUCAGCUUUGAUGGCUAUGGAUCUGCAGCGCCCAGUCGGGCAUCAACUAUUGAGCUACCUCUACAGAGCUGCCGUCCUGUUCGGCGUGGUAUGAUUCGUAUGAAGGAUGUGAAAACAUCCGUGAUAUCCCUAGAAGGCUGCACGCAGCUGGACAAUCUGUUCUUGCGUGGCCUGCCCAACUUGGUGGAGCGGGACCUUUCAGGCUGUGCAAUCAAGGUGCUCGACUUUGGAACUAUGGUGACGGAUGUCCCAUGUCUCAAGCGGCUAUUUCUGCUAGGCUGUGAGCACCUUCGUGCAAUAAGAUGGGGACGGUCAAGGUUGCUGGAGUUGCUCUGUAUAGACACACGUCCUGCCCGGAAGAAGCAACAAGUUAAUUCAGCUAAUGGUAUCGUGCACGAGUCCCUGCAUGUGCAUGAUGACUCGGCCUGCCGCCACGCCUUGGCUGCGGAAAAUUGGUGUUACCUCAGGUGGUGCCGCGUGGAGAGGUCCUCCAACCUAGACGUCGUCUUUCCUCAGGGUGCAGAUGAGGACGGUCGCCUGGAGAUCAUCUGGGCAUCGGACCUCCUCAAGGCCCACUGCAUAUGGAGCAGAGGCAUCAAGUCCUCAGAUGGUUACUUGCAAAGUCUACAGCACUUGCACCUGCGCUCCUGCCCAAGCCUCCGGUUUGCGCUUCCAAUGGCGCUCCCCUCCUUCCCCAGCUUGGAAACCCUCCACAUCAUCCACUGCGGCGACCUCAGGCACAUCUUUGUACCGGACACGGAGUUCCAGUCGACAAGUAUCGAGUUCCCAAAACUGACCACCAUCCACCUACACGACUUGCCGUCACUGCGGCAGAUAUGCGAGGCCGUCGAGAUGGUGGCGCCCGCGCUGGAGACCAUCAGGAUCAGAGGAUGCUGGAGCCUCCGCCGUCUGCCCCGCAGUCAGGGCAAGCAGAAGCCGGCCAUCGAGGUGGAGAAGGAUGUGUGGGACGCGCUGGAGUGGGACGGGGUGGACGCCGGCCACCACCCUUCCCUCUACCAGCCGCCCCAGCAUUCGCGCUACUACAAGAACAAGCGCAUGCCCAGGGGCACCCUCCUCGGGUGAAAUCCUGAACCGUACGUGCAUCUGCUCUGCUACAACUUCAGUUGCUUGCUCGCUUGUUAUCUUCAGUAAGUGUCUGCCUGCGUGUCUUGCUGGCUAAUCGGUGACUGGAUUGCCGACUAGCACAGCAGUGCUACCUCGUGUUUUGAUUUAUCAGUUUGUUCUGCGAGCCAGGAUAUGGGGCUUCAGGUGUGCCCACUCCGUUUUCCGUGUGUGCUCGGCCGAGUGAUGAGUGUGUGUGGCUUUCGCUUGAGUACGAAACUGUACGUACGUAUUGAAGCAACGGCUGGUUGUGGUUGUGCCUGCCUCUGUCUGUGUGAUUGGUGUGGUCUGAGCUCAUGAUGAGCGAGUGUGUGUCUAUCAGCUACCCCUGCCUGUUUGCAGCGGAUCAGAAUAGCUAAUAAGAAUAAGCAGCGGCUGCGCCUGUCUGCGGCUGCGCCUGUCUGCUCGUGUGGUGUGUGAAUUGUGAUUGAGCAUGGGGAGUGCUUGAUUGCUAGUACAUUUAUAUGUGUGCAUCUGAUGGACCAAGUGGAUGCUGCUUGUUCAUGCAUGCAUUCCGGCUGUAUUGGUGAACCAUAAGCUGUACUGUAAUACAUGAAAAAACUUUGUGGCA